CCAGGCCUGACACGACGGCGAACCCAACUGAUGAUCGAUGCCAAGCCGCCGCUUAUCCUGCUGUCACGCCCGCGCACCGUCGCUCCAGCGCUGUACCGACUCUAGGACAUACAACUCCACCACAACUCUAAAGGAAAUAUACCGCGAUGCAGCGCAUGUCUAUGCGCGAUCUAACACUUUUCGCUCCGUCUCCAUGGUACGACGCGAAUACCUGCGAUGAGCCACGAUCCAUACCUCCCCAACCAUGCUACCUCCGAGAACUUAUAUGCGGCGGACGAAGGAUAUCCAGGCAUCAUAUCCACCCUUGACCACGAUGAUGCUUUCGAAUCACAGACACAAGCAUGGCCUCCGACCUCGUCCAUCGACGAGUUGACGUCCACUUCGCAUGCCUAUUCGGGUUACCUAUAUCCGGAUCAUAAUUCCACAACCAACUUCUCAUCACUUGAUUCGAUCGGGGGUAUCGAUCACUCUGAACGUGAUCAAGGUCUUGGAGAUUGGCAGCAUGGUACAUCGCAGGCGGGAUCAUUUGUGGACCCUGCACUUUUGGGGACAUGCGGAUCGCAUGGCUUCGAGCUACCCGCUUUCCCAUUAUGGGGUCCCCAAGGAUCAGAGCCCCUGGAUUCUCUCCUUCCGACCACCCAAGACCGUGAACAGCCACCUUGGUCGGUUUAUCAUGCUGCUGAUCAAAGCUACGUUGCAUCAUACCACCUGGGAGAGAAUUCAUCGGGCGCCGCAGCUCAGGUUGAUAUGUCUGACUUGGACCGAAUGACAUCGUCCACGUCAUUGGCGACGACUGCCCAUGGCCAAAACUUUCGCGACGUUCUAGGCAUGCCAAUGCGCCAUCUUAACACUUUUGCUCGAGAUGCAUGGUCGCUCAUCCAAUCAUCACCCGCUGAUAUCGGCAAAUCCGAAGAGCACUUAGACACGCCGUCGCGCAGUUCAGCGUCAGUUCGAAUGGCUUUGAUUUGUCCACACUGUGGAGUCCGAUUUAGCGGAACAUAUAGCAGAGGCAAUCUGGGGCGACAUGUGCGGCACCAACAUGCCAGGCCGCGUAAGAUUGUGUGUGAGGCCCCGUUAUGCUUGAAAGAGUUCAAACGCCAAGAUGCUCGCCUGAAGCAUUACCGCACAUCACAUCCCGAACUAGUUCGGGACAUAGUACCAAGCCAAUCUGACGGAGGCGGGGCCAGGAGCAGAUACUGCGUCAACGGCACUGAUGACAAUAGCGACAAGGAACGUGGGCUUGUCUCCACAACUUCUGCACUGCCAUCCGGGGAACGACACCUGAACGACGAUGCUAUGGAUUUCGCAUCGAGUGCUGAAACCACUCACAAAGUCGAAAAGAGUCUUCGGUGUAGCGACUGCCAAAUCAUGUUCAACAGAACUGCAGAUCUUCGUAGACACAUGGCUGCCUUUCACGAUCCAGAUCCACCACAAUACGUAUGCGCGAUCCCUGGAUGUGAUAGAGCAUCAAAGCCCUUUUCACGCAAGGACAAAUACAUGGAUCAUAUGAAAGCGGUGCAUAGUCCAUCGACUACACUAGCACACAGCAAGUCCUACCAGCCCAAAUGUACAUGCCCUGAACAAGGUUGCGGACGGGAAUUCGAUUAUAAUGCAGACCUGCUACGACAUCAAAGGACCCACACAGACAUGUCUGAGCGGCCCCACAAAUGUGGACAGUGUGAAAAGUCGUUCUUAUACCCCAAGGAUCUUAAGCGGCACGAAGCAACCCACCUGGGUGAUCAGGACGAAGAGAAACCAUCCUUCCGUUGUUCAGUCACGUCAUGCGAGUAUUGUCCUCGGGGAUCGGGCUUUUCGAGAAAAGAUGUCAUGCUGCGUCACAUGAAACGUUUUCAUCCGGACUGGAAGAAGGCGAAGGAGGAAGAUUAAGAUACCCAUAGUGCUUCAUACGUUGCAAAGUUGUCCU